AUGGAGCCCAGUGUCCUGCUCCUUCUUGCUCUCCUUGUGGGCUUCAUACUACUCAUGGUCAGGGGCCACCCAAAGGCCCGUGGCCACCUUCCACCAGGACCCCGUCCCCUCCCCCUCUUGGGAAACCUCUUUCAGAUGGACAGAAGAGGCUUCCUCUACUCCUUUAUUCAGCUUCGAGAAAAAUAUGGAGACAUGUUCACAGUGCACCUGGGACCGAGGCCCGUGGUCGUGCUGUGUGGGACAGAGGCCAUAAGGGAGGCUCUGCUGGACCAAGCUGAGGCUUUCUCUGGCCGGGCGAUAAUUGCUUUGUUUGAGCCAAUUGUACAGACAUAUGGUAUAGUCUUUGCCAGUGGUGAACGCUGGAAGACACUUCGCCGCUUCUCUCUGGCCACCAUGAAGGAUUUAGGAAUGGGCAAGAGGAGUGUGGAGGAGCGGAUUCAGCAUGAGGCCCGAUGUCUGGUGGAGGAGCUGCGGAAAUCCCAGGGAGCCCCCCUGGACCCCACCUUCCUCUUUCAGUGCAUCACAGCCAACAUCAUCUGCUCCAUUGUCUUUGGAGAGCGCUUUGAUUACAAAGAUCGUCAGUUCCUGCGCCUCUUGGACCUGCUCUGUCAGACCUUCUCAAUCAUCAGCUCAUUCCAUGGUCAGAUGUAUGAGCUCUAUUCAGGUUUUCUGAAGUUCUUUACUAGAAUUCACAAACAAAUCUACAAAAACUUGCAUGAAGUCCUUGACUACAUUGGCCACAGCGUGGAGAAGCACCAGGCAACCUUGGACCCAAACAAUCCAAGAGACUUCAUCGAUACCUACCUUAUACGCAUGGAGAAGGAGAAGUCCAACAAACACUCAGAGUUCCAUUACCAGAACCUCAUAAUCUCUGUGAUUUCUCUCUUCUUUGCUGGCACCGAGACCAGCAGCACCACACUCUGCUUUGGCUUCCUGCUCCUGCUAAAGUACCCCCAUGUUGCAGAGAAAGUCCAAAAGGAGAUCGAUCAGGUGAUCGGCUCACACCGCCCACCAACCCUUGAUGACCGCACCAAAAUGCCUUACACUGAGGCUGUCAUUCGCGAGAUCCAGAGAUUAGCAGAUAUUCUCCCGAUUGGAGUGCCGCGCAAAGUCACCAAAGACAUUUUGUUCCGAGGGUACCUGCUCCCCAAGAACACUGAAGUGUACCCCAUCCUGAGUACAGCUCUCCAUGACCCACGGUACUUUGAACAACCAGAUGCCUUCAAUCCUGACCACUUCCUGGAUGCUAGUGGGGCUCUGAAGAAAAUUGAAGCUUUUAUACCCUUCUCUAUAGGAAAGCGCAAUUGUCUUGGCGAAGGCAUCGCCCGCAACGAAUUGUUCCUUUUCUUCACCACCAUCCUCCAGAACUUCUCUGUGUCCAGUCCUGUGGCUCCUAAGGACAUUGAUCUCAGGCCCAAGGAGAAUGGCAUUACCAAGGUGGCUCCAACAUACCAGAUCUGCUUCUUGGUCCGCUGA